UCUGAGUCUCUGGCUCCAUGGUGGGCGAUGGAUCCCGUCCAUCCAUUAUCUGGAGAAGGAUAUCCAUGUCCGCAGUGAGGGCGAAACACACCAGAUUGGCAUGAGACUAACCCAAGGAUAUCGGAGAAAUAGCCCCUCCAUUCUGGGCACGCGCUGGACACCACCGAACCCUACCGCUAAGAAUAAAACCACCCAUCAGAGUCCGACCUGUCCCUCCAUCAGCGACGACUUAUGCAGGAGCUUUGACGCUUGCUGCACUCCAGCGAUCGACCUUUGGAACUUUGAGGGCAAUGACAGGCCCCUCCCGGCAUGUCAGGCGUAGUCCCUAGGACACUCGUGAGUUGAUUUCAGUCCUGGCUUGUUUGCACGGAUACUUUCGAGAACCAAAGACGACUCCUGCAGCAUUAAUGCGAAUGAUCAUUGGACCAAAGCGGAGAAGAGAGGGGCAGCAUGGAGACACCAGUACCAGCUCCCCGAGACUGAUUGACAAGUGCCCACGAGGGUCGAUAGGCCCUCUCAAUCACAGCCCAGAACCCCUCCCCCUAUCCCGUCUCGACAGGUUGGGCAUUGUGUCACCGAUAACCAUUCUGACCGUGCUCAGCUCUACGUCAGCCCAUGGUUGUGCGACGGCAGAAGGUGCCCCUCAGGAUAAUCCAUGAUGUUUCGAACAAGAAAAAAAAAACUGGGGCUACUCGAUUCCCUCAGGAGGGUUGCCGAAGUCACAAUGUACCUCCUACUUGGAUGCUGACCAUCUCAAUGCAAUCUGUCGCUGAAAUCAGCAGACAAACGAGAAGCCCGAGACUUGUGCCAGUCGUAAGUCGCGUACCUGGACCUGGGGAGGAUAAUGGAGUCCAGGCGAACCGGCAUGACCGAGAAAAGCCGCAAGGGAUGUACGACUAUGGCUAUGAGUUGGGUACACUUUGUUGGUUGACACCGCCACCAAGCGAUGCUCGAGUCAUGCGCCAUAACGGGCCAUUAUUCAGCCAGUGCCUUUUUGCGAGGACUUUGUCCUCUCGGACAACUGCAAACUGAGCUUCCUGUGCUGGAAAGGUCCAGUUUCUCGAAUAUCUCCAUGGACUCUGGGAGUAUCUUUUGGGAUUUGGCUUUCGUCCAAUUGAGAAAGCAUAUUCUUCCGAAGCGAGCCGUGCUACAGAUGCUUCCAACCCAAAAGCUCCGCCUUGCACGUACAACCAUCAUUCCUUCAACCUGUAUAUGGUAUAGAUCGCUCGAACUUUCCUCCCAAUCAUACCUCUUUGCGAUCCGAAAUGACUGGCAAAAACUUUUCUAAUGACAACGUUCGCCUUUAGAGCGGCAAUCCACGUUCACCUUUCCCCCAAGCUUGUCAGGGCGACUAGAUCACGAGGAACAAUGACUGGGCUGGCGACAGUCUGCGUACCAGGAGGAUACCAGGCUGGCAUCUUGACGGUUCUGCAUUCAGUCGUCUGAGGCGUCCUGAACGAGGAGACGGUGCUGCCAGACUUCAUCACUCGGUCUUAGAAGCUCGACACUCCUAGACGACUAUGCCAGUGCCCAGAUUGAAGUGUCCAUAUGGCAUGGUUGCGAAGCCUCGACAACGUCUAUUGCCGCUAUUAUGGUCUACCUCCCCAAUCGCCUGUCAUUUGAAAACCCAAUGGUCCAUUAUCCAUGUCAGCCUCUCUGCGGUUGGUUGAAGACAAGGUCAAGUCAUCCCAUACACAGCUAGGUCCGUUCCUGAUAGCUGAAAGGAAAGGCGGUUGAGUUGCUUUCAAAUCUUGUUGUCAUGUUCCUGGCCUUGAUUCCAGUCAUCAUCGAUUCAGCGAAGGAUGAUUGUCCCUCCAAUCAAGCCGCGACUGGUAAAAUGGUCCGCUCCUGCCCGGACGGGUUUCCGCGAAUGGUCUCCAGAACAGCGGAGCACCAGACAAACUCUCACUCAUCUGCUCGGGUUUCUGUGCCAACUGGGUCUGGAUGCUUGGGAAUACGACGCGCCUGCAAGGCAGACCCAAGCCAAUUGGCAACACCAUACCGUACCACACCAUACCGCUCAGGCAUCAAACUACUAGGGCCGAAGCCCAACCACCUGUUGAGCCACGAAGCAAAGCCUCAUCCAACUAGUGACUGGCACAUGGCAAAAAUGCCGCAUACAAAAUCCGGCAUGGGCUUGUCUGGGCAGGAUGGGUUGAUUCCCCCUGAGGCCUGCAUGGCUAUUCAACCAGUAAGAACAGGUUCUCCUGCUUGGGUCGCCUUGUUUCGGUGACGCGCUGCCUCCCAUGAUCAAGCAGAAUGGACGUCUCCAUGGGCAUUGCUGCAAAGGUCCAGACUCUCGCCGGUGCAUCUGCUGCCGAGUGUGUUGCACCGUGCUUCGUGGUUGUUGUUUAGUCCCCACCUCACAGUCGCUGACAGGAAACGAUGGCAUGCGAACACUUCUCGGACAAUUCUCGUCGAGGAAGUUUGAGAAUGACAUGUUGAAAGACCACGUUUUGAGCGGUGGGCGUCACAUGACUCAACCACUGGCCCAGACACGGUCGUUGCCGUGGUCGUCAGUCCUCAUGCUGCUAUAGAAAGGCAAGAUUGGGACCAUGCACGGACAUUGUUGCAGAUGAAGUUUCAAGGAGACGAGAGCAUCUCACUCACUUGGUCUGAGAAAUACAGGUCACGCCGCCACGUUUCCAAGGUAUGUUUCUCACUCUGGCCGGAGAACUGUGUUCGAUAGGCAGGAGAGGAAGAAUCGGUUGUUGCUCUCACGCAUUGGUCAAGUUGCAAUGCCUGGAAGCCUCCCUGUGUCGAAGUCGAAUCCCAACGGGACAAAACAUGGAUGCACAAUUUGUCGUGCGAAGCAAGAGACGCGUUCACACAAUCGGCAGCAGCUUCAGAGUUCUGGCAAUGUGGUCAGCAGUGAGGUGUGCCCCGAUAGAGCCCUCAAAAGCUGCGGAGUUCGUGCGUGGAGGCAGAUGCAUGAUACAGGCCUGGGUGAAAACAGCGUCUGCCUCGUUCGAGAAAGGCUGAGUGGUCACCGGCGAGCGAGCCAGCUUGCCAGAAACGCAUUCGACAGGACUCCAGUUACUCUAACGGCUUUUCUAGUCGCAGCCUUGUCGAUCACUUGAUUUGGUGUGUUUUUUUUUAACUUAUUCCCACUUCUAUUUACUUUGACUUCAUCUUGCGUUGGACCGUGGAUCUGGGGAACUUGCUCAGAUGCUGACCAGGCAUCAAUGCUUCUCGGAAAGAGCCAUUUGUGCCACUCCAAGGUGGAUUCCUUGAGACGACGUCACUAUAGAGAAAGGGUCAGACAUGUUCCCAUUCUUGCCUCCAGCCUCAGCACUGUUCCGGCUGAGCUGAGAGGCAGUCAAAGUCGUCAGUCAGCCACACCAUCAGAUAAUUGACGUCGAGGUCGCGGCGUGUGUUGAU